UCUCGCCCGGCUCCUGGCUGCUCUUCCGGUGGAGAUGGCUGCGACCCUGGCUGGGAAGUUGCGAGGGGGUCUCCUGCCCCAGGCGGAAGAGCUGGCGAAAUGGGAGCCUCCAAGGAUCAAGCAGCUGACCUAAGGUCGCCCGUUAAAGAGAAGUUUGGGGAGUUUAGGAUUCCUAGCAGACAAUUCCUUGUUCCCCUCUUGUGUUGGGUCUAGCUCUGUGAGCUGUGGUUGGCUUGCCCAGAGGCCGGCUGCCCACCCGCCAGACUGUCCGCUGUGGCUCCAAGGCUGUUACCCGCCAUCGUCGCGUGAUGCACUUUGAGCGGCAGAAGCUGAUGGCUCUCACUGAGUAUAUCCCCCCCAAGCCUGCUGUCAACCCACGAUGCCUACCAUGUCCUCCCAGCCCCCCGCAGGAGGACACAGGCCUUAUCCGGCUCCUCCGUCGGGAGAUAGAUGCAGUUUUCCGAGACAACCGAAUGAUAGCUGUCUGUCAGAAUGUGGCUCUGAGUGCCGAGGACAAGCUUCUCGUGCGGCACCAGCUGCGGAAACACAAGAUCUUGAUGAAGAUCUUCCCCAACCAGGUUCUGAAGCCCUUCCUAGCAGAUUCCAAGUACCAGAACCUGCUGCCCCUCUUUGUGGGGCACAACUUGCUGCUGGUCAGUGAGGAGCCCAAAGUCAAGGAGAUGGUGCGCAUCUUGAAGGGUGUCCCUUUCCUGCCCCUGCUAGGUGGCUGCAUUGACGACACCAUCCUCAGCAGGCAGGGCUUCAUCAACUACUCCAAGCUUCCCAGCCUGGCCCUGGUGCAGGGGGAGCUGGUAGGAGGACUCACCUGCCUCAUGGCCCAGACCCACUUCCUGCUUCAGCACCAGCCCCUGCAGCUGACUGCCCUGUUGGAUCAGUACAUCAGACAGCAACGUGAAAGGGACGCCGUCGUGCCAGCCAGCGGGCAGCCUGACCCUCCUGACCCUGUUCCGGACUCAUAGCCAGCCUGUUGUACCCAGCCUGCCCACAAACACACUGUACCCUUGCCGGCCGUGCCAUCACCCAUCAGAGAUGUGGAAGAACUUGGGGUGGGGAGUGGCAUGUGUUCCCCGACUUCACUGACCACGACCUCCUCAGAUACAGGGCCACUCAGAGAUGGGGAGGCGCUCCAUUACUCCAUUUCCCGGUGGAGGCUCUUAAUCAGUGUCUUUGUCCCUAGUUUUUCCCAACCGGAGACCUCAUAGAAGCAGUCUUUCAGCUCUCCAGGUCCAAGGCAGAGAAGCUGAGCAGAUGAGGGCGUUGCUCUCUGCUUCCGUGUCCACUGUCCCUUGCUGCUCGUGUCUCCUAGCCUAUCCCCUCCUGGGUCCAACGCGCUGGAAUAGCUCACCUGGGUAACCGUGCUGAGAAUGGCAUCUCUGGAGAGCCUGUUGUGCCUGGCUCCGGGCCCACCACUUUACAUGCUAUUCCCCUUGUCACAGAAGAAAACUAUGAGGUGGCGAAGUUCGACAGCCAGCCCCAGGUUGUGCAGCUGAUAAGAGGCAGAACAGGAUUUGAAUCGGGUUCUGUCCGCUCUGAAGACCUUGCCCUGGAUCUCUGCCCUAGACCUUCCUCAUUAGGGUCCCGGUUGUGCCUCAAUGUCAAUUCUCCACCCUCGGGGUGUGCCAUGUUACGGAAGAGCUUGGGAGCCCUGCUUUGUGAUAAAAUGAAAUGCAUUUUA